UUGUGCUUCCGAUAAGUGCGGCUGGACGCGCUCCAGAUGAGGGAGGUCCUCGUCUGCCUCUGUGUCGUAACAUCCAAAACUUUUACAUCUGUCGCAAGUUCCAGUUUUCAUACGGCCGCUUUGUUCCUUAGGACUUCGCCGAGUGUGAAACUAUGUGACCACCAUGCUUAGUUUCGAGCGCGGGAUUUAUCGUCGUGUGAGCAGAGAGCCCGACUUCGUACCAACAUGUCAAACCGUGAGCGAAACAAAAAGAUCUUACUGGAACUGGUGAAGCGGCCGGACAACAGCCGGUGCGCUGACUGCGGCGCGCCAGAUCCAGACUGGGCGUCCUACAAACUUGGCGUGUUUGUGUGUCUGAACUGCUCCGGCAUCCAUCGCAGCCUGUCCAGCCGGGUCAAAUCCAUAAAGCUGGACUUCUGGGAGGAUGAGCUGGUGGAGUUCAUGAAAUCCAAUGGGAACGCCUGCACCCAAGCCCAGUAUGAGAAGGCCGUUCCACCUUACUACUAUCGGCCCCAGGAAAACGACUGCGUUGUCCUGAGAGAGCAGUGGAUCCGGGCUAAAUAUGAAAGGAUGGAAUUCACAGGAGACACCAAGUAUCCACCUAUUUCAUAUACCACAGGUUUCUAUGAAGGGAUGCUGUGGAAGAAAGGAAAAGAGAACACACAGUUUCUGAAGAGGAAGUUUGUGCUGUCAGAGAGAGAAUUUACCCUGACUUACUACAACAAGGAAAAUGAGUCCAAAGGCCCUAAAGCUGUAAUCUCCAUCAAGGACCUGAACGCCACCUUCCAACCAGAGAAGAUUGGUCAUCCUCAUGGGCUGCAGAUCACCUACCAAGAUGAGAAACACAGCAGGAACCUCUAUGUUUAUCACGAGAGUCCUGAGGAAAUAGUCACAUGGUACACCGCCAUUCGUGCAGCUCGCUACGCAUACCUGAAGACAGCAUACCCGACUGGAAGCGAUGAAGAGCUGAUACCAAAGAUAACAAGAAACUACCUCAAAGAGGGAUACAUGGAAAAGACUGGGCCAUUGCAAAAGGAGCCAUUCAAGAAGCGGUGGUUUAUUUUGGACUCUCAAAACAGGAAGUUGUUCUACUUCAAAGGCCAGCUGGAUGCGGAGGAGUUGGGGGUCAUUUUCAUCGGCACAGAGAGCAACGGUUACUCUGUGAAGGAGUGCGUCCCGAAGCACACUCGGGGAAACAAGUGGAAGUGCGGUGUUAUGGUGGAGACGCCCGAGAGACAGUUUGUCUUCAUGUGUGAGCAGGAGAGGGAGCAGAAAGAGUGGCUGGAUGUCCUCAGACAGGUCCUGUCCAGGCCAAUGGCUCCGCAGGAUUAUACCGUUGAAGCCAACAUCAAGUAUAAACGAUGAACUGCAGAGAGGUGUGUCGACAGGCUACGUUUGAAAACACAAGUGACUGAACUACUGCAGCACGACAGACGAACAGUGACCAACAGUGUUCACCAUGUCGCUCCCAGUACUGACUCCCAUCUCUGCAUUAUGAAUGAAUGAAGCAUGACUCUGACUGUGGAUUAACUUCCAUACACUCACUUCAACUGACACUGGAUCUGAUGCAAAAUCACAGAAAAUACUGCAUCAUUUUGUAAACUCUUGUCACUGGAUAAACACUGUUAUGUAGUAACAGAAAAUAGGCUACAACCACUGCUACAUUUUGCUAUUUUUAUGAAGUCGCUUAUUUUUUUACUCUUUACAUUUUUUAAUGAAUAAGCAUGUAAUUUUACAUUUGGUAGUGAACAUUGACAUUUCAUGACUUUAUGCCCAGGAAAAUAAAUUACAUUUUUGUAAAUAAUAUGUGGUUUGAUUCAUAGACUACAAUUAAAUUAAAAGCAUAUUUGAUAAAAUAA